AUGGACGCCGACACCACCCCCUUCCCAGCACAACUAGCCCUCGCACUAGCAAUCGUCAAGCAAAAACCAGCGGACCUGGAUAUAAAAGAGUAUAUUCUCCAAAUCCGCCAGAAUAUCAAAGCCACCAAAGACGCAGACAAAACAUAUACCCAAGACAAGGAUAAAUUCUUCGACAGUGUCUCCUUCUGGCAGCAAGCGUACGAAAAGUCUGAAGCCGAGCAGAGUAAACUAUUAGAUCGCAUCUAUGACCUCGAGAGGCGCAAUGAAGCGCUUAAUGCGAAGAUACAGGCCCGGGAUGCUACGUUUGGGGAUGAAUCAGUGUUAAUUUCAUCGAAACGGAAGGCAACUGUUGGGAAGAAGGCUGCAAUGACACGGAAACGAGCGAAGACUCAGGUCGGCCAUUUAGGUAAUGGUAAUGGUCAUGCUUUGCGUGUAGGUGAUGAGCUUGGGUCUGUUGACUAUGUGGAGGAGUCUACUGGGUCGUUUAUGAGGCAGUUUUAUACGCUUCAGAAGGCGCUUCAGAAACGGGGUACUGGGUCGGCGGUUGUUCAGGCUGCGGUUAAUUUAUGCACGACAGCUGCGGAUGAAAUUUCGAAAGCAGGUUAUGAGAAUAGAAUGGUUUCUAGUGUUGCGAAAAAGGGGGGCUCAGUAGGGGUCGAGAAACCCGGUAUUGUUGAAGUGAUUCGUGGUGUGGGAGGCGCUUUUAAACUUCUUUUACGGGCAAUCAAAGCUCUCUCCGGAGCAGAAAAUGGAACACGAUACGUCAACCACGUCAUAUACCAUGUAAUUCAUCUUUAUGAGUCAACGAUGAAUUCUUUGGAGCAGCGAUGCAAGGUUAAAUCAGAGCAGGCACAUUCAACACCGUCAGCCAAGAAGAAACAAGCGAUGAGCCACCGGCAAGCCAAAGAUGUUCAACCGUCAGAUACUAUUGUGAAAACCGAUGAUGAGGUUUCCGUGCAGAUUACCCAGCUACUGAGCACGAUGGCGUCUGCUCUUGACCCUGCAAGUUCAGAACAUCAAAAUCUUUUAGAAGGAUUUCUAUUCCUUUUGAUAAGCCGGGUCGGGAAGUUGCUGUGUCUGUUCGUCUUUCAGGAUCUUCAACUGCGUCCUGAACUUUGUACAGACUCUACGAAGCUCCCGCUUCCUAGAGGUUUGACGGAGGUCGACCUCAACGACAAGACAUUUUAUGCCGCAAAUAUUGAGGCCAAAUACCUAGUUUGGCUAUUGGAGAGAACACUGGCAGUAACAACCCGGCUUGUAUCUUUGUCUCCCUCGGAAUCUAGGGACAGUCGCAGAAGUGUGUCAUUUGAGGCAAAGCUCAAGGAGAGACUGCAAAGCACCCUUCUCCAGGCGGUUUUUGGCAGAGAGUCGAUUUGGGGACAAUCAUUCCAUCAGCCCACACAGACAGGUGGAGAUCUUGACGGUCUACAAACGUGUCCGCCAAUUCCGGACCAAUCGGUCCCGGAUUGGUUCAUGCAAGAAGUUUGGAGACUACUGGGUUGGGACAUAUUGGUGAACUGCAACCCUUCAAAUCGUUGA